AUGUAAUUGACUAUACCAUUGAGAUUGGCGGAUUCAUAAGGUACGGCGAUGCCAACACCAUCAAGUCAUUCAUGUAAGGCUUAAUCAAUGAAGAGUCCAAAUGCGAGUGCUGUUUCUGCCAAUAACAUGUCCCAACAAGCCAAAUCUGACUCUAUAUCAAAUCAGCACAUUGUUGAAUCCUCAAUUGGUUUUGCAAUCGAUUUUAAUUCAACUUCACCAAUAUAAAUACAAUGUGAAAAUUGUCAUACAUAUUGUAGUUCAUUAGUUGUUGUGGAAAGCACCAUUUACACUUAUAUAUCAGCAUUAAUAUUGACAUUAAUUUGUCUUUGUUGGAUUCCUUUUGUUUUGAAGAAUUAUUUUAUGAAAAUCACUCAUUCUUGUCCUGGAUGUGACAGAAUGAUAGGAUAGUAUGAUUUUUUGAAUUCUUAAUUAAAUACAAUAUAAUGA